AUGUACAUCCUAAACAAAAGUGAAACUUAUUUUAAACCAUUGAAUAUCAUCAACAAGACUCAAAUAACUGUGUUUGAAUUUUCUGGUCUGUCUAAUGAUAAAGAAGUGGCCCCAUUACUUUUUGUAUUCUUUUUGUUGGUUUACAUGGUUACCGUAUGUGGAAACGUUGGGAUGAUGGCAAUGGUUCAUAUCUCGCCAAGCCUCCAUGCCCCGAUGUACUACUUCUUGAGCCAUCUCUCUAUGGUGGACCUCUUCUACUCUUCAGUUGUUACUCCAAAAAUGUUGUCCGACCUUCUUUCGGAUAGGAAACUAAUAUCAUUCGUUGGUUGCGCCCUUCAGUUCUUCUUUUUUGCUGCUCUAGCAAGUACCGAGGUCUUUGUGCUCUCGGACAUGGCGUACGACCGAUAUGUCGCUAUCUGCCACCCUCUUCACUACGUCUCAGUAAUGACUAAGAAGAAAUGUCUCAGUCUUGUCGCCCUUGCUUUUUCGGUUGGCUUUAUACAGGCGUCAGCACAGACCAGCAGUCUAUUCAGUCUCGAAUACUGCGAAUCCAACCUUAUAGACCACUUCUACUGCGACAUCCCUCCACUGCUCAGGUUGUCCUGUUCCGAAACCUACGCAUGCAACAUCGUUACCCUUUUCUUUGUGUGUUUUUGUAGCUUAAGUUCAAUGACAACCAUCCUGGUCUCCUACGCCUUGAUUUUUUCUUCCAUUCUACGGAUAAAGUCUUCGGCUGGCAGGAGGAAAGCAUUCAGCACCUGCUCCUCGCAUCUUAUGUGUGCGUCCAUCUUCUACAUUACAGUUUUCUUCACUUACCUUCAUCCAUCUUCCAGUGCUCUUGAGAAGCAAGACAAAGUGGCUUCUGUCUUCUACACGGUGGUGACCCCAAUGCUGAAUCCUCUCAUCUACAGUCUGAGGAACCAAGAGGUGAAAAAGGCCAUCAUAAGACUUGUGCAGAAAAGUCCCAAUAGACAUUUGUGA